AUAUUGACGUUUUACGAUGAUUUUAGACAAAAACAACCAUUUUUUGAUCGCCCACGUGACCUGACGCUGCCGCGCGAGUCACGUGAGCGGGUGACGUCAGCGCAAACAAACAUGGAGGCGGUGGUGGAUGAGGUCGUAGCUCCUGAAGACCUGGAGAAGUUUGAGAAGAAGUACAGCGCGGAACUGGCGAGGGGUUCUGCUUCCAAAGACUCUGCCUUCGAGUACGCGUGGUGUCUGAUCCGGAGCCGGUCCAGCUCAGAUAUUCAAAAAGGCAUCGGGCUGCUGGACGAUCUCAUUCACAAAGGGGCCAAAGAUGAUCAGAGGGAUUAUUUAUUCUACCUGGCUGUUGGAAACUACAAACUAAAGGAGUAUGAGAGAGCGCUGAAGUACAUCAGGGUUUUACUGAAGAACGAGCCGGGUAACACGCAGGCCCUGGAGUUGGAGAAACUCAUCAACAAGGCCAUGAAGAGAGACGGGCUGGUCGGCAUGGCGAUAGUGGGAGGAAUCGGGCUGGGCGUGGCCGGCCUGGCCGGACUGAUCGGCCUGGCUGUGGCUAAGAAAGCUGCAUGAGGAAGUGGACGCUGGGUGAAUCGUCAUAGCCGUCCAGCUGGGGAAGCGUAUUUGGGUGGAGCUGCACUGAAGACGUCCUUGCGGCUGGUUUCUGUCGGUGUCAGCCUGUGUCCAGAGAUUAAUAACCCAUAAUGCCUUACUCAUUAUUACCGAGGCAGUUUUACUAUAUAAACAACAGAGCUUUCCAUAUACAGUAUUAGCAUUAGCAUUGGCUUUAGCUUAGCUGCCAUCAUUAAACCCAGAGCAUCCUGCUGGAUGGAUCCGAUGGAACCGGACGUUACUGUUUAUUCUCUUACGGUUUGGAUGUUCUUGUUUAUUUGGGAUCUUAACUGAAGGGGAACACUGACUGAAACAGGAAGCUGAGUGUUCUCAGAGGUUCAGACGCAGUUGACCAGUCCAGAACCUCAUUAACAAAUAAUAAAUGUGUGUUCCUCAUUCAGUUCAUCCUGA